CAGCAACACGUGGACUGACGAGCAGGUCCCGAGCCCGGUCGGCUUAGUGGGCGGCGGCUGCUCGAAGACCACCAUGCAGGUCAAUUCCCUGGCGCUGCACACCAACUUCCCCAUAGUGUCGGGAACGUCGACGUUUCCUGCGCUGAGCGACAGGGCGAAGUACCCGAACUUCUGGAGGACAAUCCAGCCAGAUAGCAGCUUCAUGGCAGCUUGGCUAGCGAUAUUAAGAAUGCUUGGCUUCUCCAAGAUGUCAACCGUGAUUGGGGAGACAAAGGUUUGGUCCUCCUACGUGGAGGUGCUACUGAAGGAAGCCGAGGAGCGGGGCGUCCAGCUGGAC